UAAAAUUAGGCCAUCAAGUACUCCACGGAAUCAAUUGUUUUGAAUCAUAUAAUGUACAACUUGGAUGAAUAGAAUUUCCACCUAUAUAAAUAUAUAACGUUGAAUAUGUUUUCCAUCUCAUCACAAAACAAUCUUCCUCACUAUCAUCUCUUCAAAUCCGUUAAAAACUAUCUUUCUCUACUACUCCAUUGUAAUGGCUUUGUCACUUCUGACAUACUCCAUUAAAAUCCCCACCACCGCUUCCACGGUAGUUGUCCGGCCAGUGUUACCUAUUCGAUCUUCCCUUCCCUCUCUCCGCCUAACUUUUCCGCAUAGAACACCAACCUCGUUCAUCUCAUGUUGCUCCUCUGUGUCUGAAAAGGCGGCAACUAGUGGUAUUGACCUCAAACCCGACGUGGAACGGUGGCCAAAGUACAUACCCAACAAGCUCCCCGACAAAAAUUAUGUGAGAGUACUCGACACGACGCUGCGUGAUGGCGAACAAUCUCCAGGUGGAGCCCUUACUCCAGCGCAGAAGCUAGAGAUUGCUCGGAAACUCGCUAAACUCCGAGUAGACGUCAUGGAUGUUGGUUUUCCUGCAUCGUCUGAGGAAGAGUUAGAAGCCGUUAAAACAAUCGCCAAGACCGUUGGGAACGAGGUGGACGAGGAAACAAGAUACGUCCCGGUAAUAUGCGUCAUCUCACGAUGCAAACAUAAAGACAUCGAGGCCGCUUGGGAGGCGUUGAAGUACGCGAAGAAGCCGAGGAUAUACAUAUUCAUAUGUACUAGUGAGAUUCACAUGAAAUAUAAAUUGAAAAAGACUAAAGAAGAAGUGAUCGAGAUGGCCAAAAGUAGUAUUAGGUUCGCUAAAAAAUUAGGCUUUACUGACAUCCAAUUUGGUUGCGAAGAUGGCGGCAGAUCGGAGAAGGAUUUUCUUUGUAAGAUUAUGGGAGAAGCGAUAAAAGAGGGCGUAAAGACGGUGACCCUCGCGGACACGGUAGGGAUAAACAUCCCGCAAGAAUUCGGAGAGAUGGUUACUUAUCUCAAAGCAAACACUCCAGGAAUUGAUGAUGUUGUCGUCAGCCUUCAUUGUCACAACGACCUUGGUCUUGCUACCGCUAACACCAUCGCCGGUGUGCGUGCGGGGGCAAGACAAGUCGAAGUAACGGUCAACGGAAUAGGUGAAAGAAGUGGGAAUGCGUCGCUUGAAGAGAUUGUAAUGGCUUUGAAAUGUCGUGGAGCAUAUGUGAUGGACGGUGUUUACACAACAAUAGACACAAGCCAUAUUAUGGCUGCUAGUAGGAUGGUUCAAGAGUAUACUGGCUUGCAUGUUCAACCACAUAAGCCCAUAGUUGGCAACAACUGUUUUCUUCACGAGAGUGGCAUUCACCAGGAUGGAAUGUUGAAAUAUGGAAGUACGUAUGAAAUCUUCUCACCAGAAGACAUUGGGGUCGAAAGAUCUGAAAGUUCCGGCAUUGUGCUUGGAAAGCUUAGUGGACGUCAUGCUGUGAAAGUUCGGCUAAGAAAGUUAGGAUAUGAAAUCACCAGUGAUGAAAAGUUGAGGGACAUUUUCUCAAGAUUCAGGGAGUUAACUAAGCAGAAAAAGAGAAUCACAGACGCUGAUCUUAAUGCAUUAAUGGUGCUGUACGGUGAUGAAAUCUCAUCAAAGAUAUCGGAAGGAACGGUUCUGGACGAACCAAUCUCUCAGAUAUCAUCUGUCGUAUAAAUAUGUAAACGCGGUGUGUGUUUUGUGUAAUAAGAUGAUAUAGAUAUCAUCAAAUGGUAUUUGAUUUAUAUGCAUGCAUAUGUGUUGUUGACUUGUUGUAAUGAAUAAUAAAUAAUCUGUACUAUAGUUUAAUCUGCGCAACCGUGCGGGCGUUAUAUCAAUUUUUAUGUAUUUAAUUUAUGAUUAAUGAUGUUUUUAGUUAUUUUGUAAGUUAUGUAAGUCAUUUUUCAUUUGAUAAUUUUAUAUAAAAUAGACUAUUUUCUAUUGUAUUUUUUUAUAAGUAAUACCAUCUAGUAUAUUUUGUAUAUAAUACAUAUAUCUUUUAAAUACAACAGGCUAGGAUAUGCUAUAUCUUUUCACUUAAUUUUAUAUGAAACAAAAUUUGCUUUAUAUGCCAAAUAAUUCUAACAUUUGCAACACUUACCAAACAAUUAAUUAAUUAAUCUAAUACUUAAAACAUAGAAUAUUUUAUAGAUUCUAUGAUUGACCAUAUUUUUAAACUCUUUAUAUAUUUCAUUAAUUAUAAAUUAAAUUAUUAAAUAUAUAUAUUUUUAAAUUCAAUAAAGUUUUGCUAAUCAUAUUUAUUUGCAAAUUACUUAAAACAUUAAGUUAAAAUAUCUAAUUUAAUAUUUAAAUGUUCCAUUGUAAGCAUGAUUUUUAUCAACUUUGCAAAUUAUUUUUUAUUAAUUGAUAUAAUAUUAAAAAAAUUGUAUUAAAGUAAAAACGAAUAUGUAACAUCUAAAUUAGCUUUUUUCUCUUAUAGUACUUUCAAUUUUUAUUUAUUUAGGAAGAUAUUUUGGUAAUGUUUUUUCAACUGCCACAUGAAUUUUCGUUCAUGUUUCCAGUCACUCGCUGAAAUAAAUCAACAUGUUUCAAACUUUAUAGGCAGAUUCUUAAAGGGUGAAUUUCAAUUUUAUCACAAAUUUGAUACUACUUUUCAAAGUUACUUUUAAAAGUUAACCAUUUUCAUAGAUACUUUAAAUAUGUGAUAAAAAGACUAAAGUAAUCUCUUUAAGUCAUUUAUAAGUGUAUAAGAAUAAUUUAUAAAAUAUUAAUAAAAGUAUAUAAAUUCAACCACAACCCGUAAAUAUUAAAUCCUAAAUAAUAAUGGGAAGUUUACUCAAACAUAAUAUAUUUUAGGACAAUUGACUAGAACCAUAGAAAUCUUUUUUUUUUAUUACUGGCAUUUUUUAAAUAUCAAGCGUGCCCUUUUUUUUACGUUAUAAAAAAAACGUAUUUACAAGAAUGCCAUUACUUUUCGCUGCCACGUAAGCAAAAAAUCCGGCGCCACGUAGGAAUUCGGUUCCGUGUUUUCAUUAAGCCAGCCGUAAAUCACUACAUACGUCGUUACAGCUAAUUUAUUGCUACGUGUCGGCUGGAUUAAUAAACGCGGCUGGAUUUAGAGGAAAUAGCUGACUUAAGAACAUAAGUCAGUCCUCCAGUACGGCUGAUUUACAGAAAUGUGGCUGAUUUAUGGGAUAACGGCUGACUUACAGACACAAGUUACGGCUAACUUAUACAUCGACGGUUUGAUUUCUAAAAAAUUCGGCUGAGUUGUAGUUAAGAAAUGGCUGAGUUAUGUUUCCUUGGCUGAGUUAAUGAACAUCGACGGACUGAGUUAUGUUUCCAUCCAGAGUUGAUGUUCCUAAAGAACAAACUGAUAGAAAUAAAAUGAAUGAACCUAGGGUUCAGUUAAAGAGGGGGAGGCCAGCGGGUUCUAAAGAUAAAAAUCCCCGAAAGAAAAAGAAAUUGAAUGAGCAAAAUAGUAAGGUUCCAGAAGAACCUGCUACUGAAAAAUGUCUGAAAGAAAGCAUAGAUAAAGAUGAUCCAGAUGACGAGAAGGGAACAUAAAAGUAUGAGAUUUCCAUCAACUACGCCAGAGAUGAAAAGUUAUUAAUCAGAAAUAAGAUAAAAGAUGUUGAUGGAAUGUUCUCCUUUUCUGUGUCCAAAGAGAUCGAUCACGAAGAUGAUGAUCCCGAUCCAAGGUCCAUUUUGGAAUGUAAAAAAGAAAACAUGAUUGGGAGGAGUGGA